AUGGAAGAAGAAGGCACGAUUACCCGAAACCUACAAAAGGACCUGGAUGCGGCAGUUCACGACACACCUGGUGUCGAUCCGCCAUCUGCCUUGAGGGAGAAGUCAGGGUGCAGCCUGCUUACGCCCGAGAAAGAAAGACGAAUCCCCCUCUUUUCAAGAAGCCCUUCUUUCGAGUUUCAGAGUGGCGGAGCCGCUUCGAAGAGACCGGCUACAGCACCGGCUCCAUCCCCCGAUGAGCGUACGUACACCCGGGAUGAAGUAGAAGCCAUGAUCACUACGGCCAUCCGGAACUACACGCAAAAUUUACCUCAAGAUAACCGGCCCAAGAGAGAUCUCAGACGCUCCCAGAAUGAAGGGCGAGCUGAGGAUGAGUGCGAUAGCUAUUCGGAGAAUCGAGGAGGCAACAGUCAUGGCGUCAGAACGGAAGUUGACAGCUUAAGGCGCGAUAUAGAUGAGCUGAAGGCCCUGCGAAGUGGGCCAACGCGAGAUCUCGCGGGAUCUGGCCCUUUCGCCAAACAUCUCGAUGACGACCCCAUACCAGCUAAUUACCGACCGAUCCCGUUCGAGUAUAACGGCACGUCAGAUCCAGCCGAGCACUUGAGUCGGUUCAACAACACAACAUCGCUCCACCAGCUCACGGAGGGGGUGAAGUGCCGCGCCUUCGUCACCACUUUAGCUGGGCCGGCCCAAGCCUGGUUCGGUUUGUUGCUACCAGGGAGUAUACAUUCCUUUGGACAGUUUGCUAAGGCCUUCAUGAAUCAAUUCGCUAGCUCGAAGAAGUGCAAAAAGACCUCGCUGUCACUGUUCAGCAUCCGCCAGAAAGAGAAAGAAAGUUUGCGGAACUAUAUCAAACGGUUCACUUCGGCCACGCUGGAGGUCCCCACCACGAGCGACGAGGUGCUUAUGGCAGCUCUUUCACAAGGAUUAAGGGAUGAUGAGUUCUUUCGAGCCCUGGCGCUGGAACCCUCACCAGAUUUCGACAAUUUGUUGGAACGAGCAUCCAGAUUCAUCAAUCUUGAAGAAGCUCGACAACAGAAAGUAGAGGAAUCUCUCCAGACACUGAAUGCGCGAGCCAACGAAACUAGGAAAAGUAAGGAGCCCAUGUUGCCCCGAAGAGAUGCAAUAUCCGGCGUCGGCACUGGUCGAGCUACCGCUCUAGAUGCAAAGGGAUCUCGAUAUCAAUCGUACCAGCCUCUUACGGCCCCUUUGUCCAAUGUGUUAUGUGCAAUCGAAAAGAGGGCUGAUUUGCGAUGGCCUCGGACCGCUCGAGAAGCACCUCGCCGAGAUCCGACACUGGGAACCUUUUGUCGUUUUCAUAACGAAUACGGACAUACGACUGAUGAUUGCGCGCAUCUGAAAGAUGAAGUAGAACGUCUCAUCAGAGACAAUAAGAUUGGAGAUUUUGUGAAGAUAGACCCCCCUCGGGGACAGAAGCGCGAAGCUCAGUUCGGAAAUCCGGCGCGAGUUCCGCCCCCGCCGCCAAUGCCGAAAAGGGGAUUCAUUCAGAUGAUUUCAGGGGGCCCUACGGGGGGAGAUACGCACCGGGCUAGGAGACGCCAUCUCGGUAGCCUUAAGAACCAACGCGAAGUUUGCCAAAUUUCUACAUCAAAGUGUCAUCAAUACCCCACUAUUUCAUUCGGUCCCGAAGACGAAGAGGGACUGGAAGAUUUCCACUGCGAUCCUCUCCUCAUCACGAUUAAUGUUGGAGGGUAUGACGUCGCCCGCGCUUUUGUCGAUCCAGGGAGUUCAGUGGAUGUCAUAUCUUACGAGUGCUUCCUGCAAAUGGAACUCGAUCUCCCAGUUUUCCCCGUCACCACUCCGAUAUUCGGGUUCACAGGAGGAUCCCUAACACCAAUUGGACAGGUUAAAAUCCCUGUCACUAUAGGAACGCCACCUCGAACCCGCACCCAAGCUGUUAAUUUUGUCAUCGUGGAAGGAUCGCUGACUUCGUAUAACAUCGUAAUAGGAUGA